AUGGCCAAGGUUUUUGACGCUGCUGAAGUUGCUAGGCACACAUCCGCCGACGAUUGUUGGGUGAUUCUUUACAAUACCGUCUACGACGUGACGGACUUCCUCUCUUCACAUCCCGGGGGCGCUAAGAUCAUCCUAAAACUGGCAGGUCGUGAUGCGACAGAAGAGUAUGACCCUAUACAUCCUCCAGGCACGUUGGAAGGGAAUCUGAAGCCGGAAGCAAAACUUGGGACGGUAGAUCCUGCAACUCUGCCAAAACCAAAGGCAGAUGGAGCCGAGAAGAGACAACAAAGCGAGGGCCCACCAGAUAUGCAGAGUCUUCUGAACCUGGACGAAAUUGAAGAAGUGGCUACGAAGCAAGUAUCGAAGAAAUGCUGGGCGUAUUAUUUUUCCGCCAGUGAUGAUAUGGUGACCAAGAGCUUCAACAAUCAGGUAUAUAAACAGAUCCUGUUACGGCCGCGGGUAUUCAUCGAUUGUACGAAGUGCGACACUUCGACUAGCCUUCUUGGACACAAGGUCGGUUUGCCAUUGUAUGUAUCGCCAGCAGCGAUGGCACGGUUAUCACACCCUGCCGGUGAGCACGGUAUUGCCCAAGGGAUCAGCUCAUUUGGGGCACUUCAAAUUGUCUCUACCAAUGCGUCAAUGACUCCAGAGCAGAUUGUUGAGGGCUCGGCGCCCGGUCAAAUAUUUGGAUGGCAAUUAUACGUACAGAAUGAGCGAAAGAAGAGUGAGGCAAUGCUCGCUCGAAUCAACAAGAUGCCAGACAAAUAUAAAUUUAUCGCAUUAACAUUGGACGCCCCCGUACCGGGGAAGCGAGAACUGGAUGAGAAGUCCAAAGAUUUGGGUUCGUCAGAGCCCAUCAGGUCGGCUGUAAUGGGUGCUGAUGCUCCCAAACGACCGGGGGGUGGUGGCGUAGGCCAGCAAUUAUUCUUUGGGACAGCUGCUGAUCUAACGUGGAAAACUACAUUGCCAUGGCUGGCAAAACAUACCUCUCUGCCUAUCGUGCUGAAAGGCAUCCAGACCCAUGAAGAUGCGUACUUGGCCAUGCAAUAUGCUCCACAAGUAAAGGCCAUUAUCUUGUCAAACCACGGAGGCCGAGCUCUGGACACAGCGCCACCCGCUGUACACACUCUCCUAGAGAUCAGGAAAUACUGUCCCGAGGUAUUUAGUAGAAUCGAAGUCUGGGUCGAUGGCGGUAUCAAGAGAGGAACAGAUGUGGUCAAGGCGUUGUGUUUGGGGGCCAAGGCAGUGGGCGUUGGGCGAGCCGCACUAUUUGGUCUUGGUGCUGGUGGCGUGGAGGGUGUGCACCGAACGUUUGAGAUUCUCAAAGCUGAGAUAGAGACAUGUAUGAGGCUUCUUGGGGUCGAAAAAGUGGAGGAUUUGGGGCCCAGAUAUAUCAAUUCACGGGCCGUGGAGCGAGACAUCUAUGACGGGGACGCAGGAUUAGAGAAGCGUGGCCUUUGGGUAAAAGCUAACCUAUAG